AUGGCCAAUAACGACAACUUUGCACAAGAUGUUACCGAUAAUCAACUAAAUGGAAAUGCCGAAAAUGGUGGUGGCGAUACGCAAGAACAUAAUAGUGCUGAAGCCCCUGGGCGUGAUGAUGACAGAAAACUUUUUGUCGGAGGCCUGAGCUGGGAAACCACAGACAAGGAGUUACGUGACCACUUCAGUGCGUAUGGUGAGAUUGAGAGCAUCAAUGUCAAGACUGAUCCAAACACUGGCAGAUCAAGAGGAUUUGCCUUUAUUGUGUUCAAGGCACCAGAUUCAAUAGACAAAGUGAUGGCUGCUGGAGAGCACACUAUUAACAACAAAAAAGUUGAUCCGAAAAAAGCAAAGGCUAGACAUGGAAAGAUCUUUGUUGGUGGUCUAAGCAGUGAAAUAUCAGAUGAUGAGAUCAAAAACUUCUUCAGUAAUUUUGGAACAAUAAUUGAAGUCGAGAUGCCUUUUGAUAAAACCAAGAAUCAGAGGAAGGGAUUCUGCUUCAUCACAUUUGAGUCUGAGCAGGUGGUCAAUGAGCUGUUGAAGACCCCUAAGCAGACCAUUGGUGGCAAGGAGGUUGAUGUGAAGCGUGCGACACCUAAGCCAGAUGGUCCCGGAGGAAUGGGAGGACGUGGAGGUCGUGGCGGUCGUGGAUUGCGAGGCGGUCGCGGUCGUGGCGGAUACGGAGGCCAAGGCGCUUGGGGCAACGGAGGUUACGGCGGCUAUGGCUACGGACAAGGAGGCUAUGGCGGCGGCUACGACGGAUACGGCUACGGCGGCUACGGUUACGACGGCUACGGGGGCUACGGCGGUUACGAUUACUCUGGAUAUCCCAAUUACGACUACGGCGGGUACGGAGGGUACGAGGGCGGGUACGGCGCGCGCGCGGCUCCGCGCGGCAAAGCCGGGUACCAAGGUGGCAAGCAGCGCGGCGGUGGCGGCGGCGGAGGCCGCGCCAACCAGAGGCACCAGCCCUAUUAA